AUGUAUGUACGUCAUUAUUUUUGUAAUAAUAUGGGGUUUUGUUUCAAUUCUUACACCAGUUACGCACUUGAAAGAAGUCUUUUUGUACACACCACUGCACUGCAAACUUUCUAGCAACUCGGGCAGAGUGAUAGUCAUUACUCGAGGGUGAAGAGUUGGCUGUGUUUUCCUUCAUAUUGGUGAGAUCUGAGAAGAAGAUAACGUUUUUGGAGAUGGCGGGUGGAUCUUUUGGUCCGGCUGGUGUGGCCAAAGAGAGAGCUGAACAGUACCAAGGAAGGGUCACUGUUUAUGUGAUCAUUGCCUGCACCGUCGCUGCUGUUGGUGGCUCAAUUUUCGGCUAUGAUAUUGGAAUUUCAGGGGGAGUGACAUCAAUGGAUGCAUUUCUUGAAAAGUUCUUCCAUACCGUUUAUAUAAAGAAAAGGCAUGCGCAUGAAAGCAACUACUGCAAGUACAACAACCAAGGGCUUUCAGCGUUUACAUCUUCUUUGUAUCUUGCUGGUUUGGUUUCAACUCUGGUGGCUUCUCCUGUUACAAGAAAGUAUGGACGUCGGGCGAGUAUAGUCUGUGGUGGGAUCAGUUUUCUUGUUGGAGCUACCCUAAAUGCAGCUGCCGCAAAUAUGGCAAUGCUUCUUUUGGGUCGAAUCAUGCUUGGUGUUGGCAUUGGAUUUGGAAACCAGGCAGUUCCACUAUAUUUAUCAGAGAUGGCACCGACACAUCUUCGAGGAGGCCUGAACAUGUUGUUUCAGUUGGCAACUACACUUGGGAUUUUUACAGCAAACAUGAUCAAUUAUGGAACACAAAAGCUUCAACCUUGGGGAUGGAGGCUCUCUCUUGGCUUGGCUGCUUUUCCAGCUCUUUUAAUGACGGUGGGAGGACUACUUCUUCCUGAGACACCUAACUGCUUAAUCGAGCAAGGACGAAAAGAAAAAGGCAGAAAAGUUCUUGAAAAAAUUAGAGGAACCAAAAAUGUGGAUGCAGAGUUUGAAGACAUGGUUGAUGCAAGUGAGCUUUCAAACUCUAUAAAACAUCCCUUUCGUAACAUCCUUGAGAAAAAGAACAGACCACAAUUAGUAAUGGCAUUCUUCAUGCCGACAUUCCAGAUCCUCACGGGCAUAAAUUCAAUUCUCUUCUAUGCUCCGGUGCUAUUCCAGAGUAUGGGGUUUGGUGGCAAUGCUGCUCUCUACUCCUCAGCUUUGACUGGGGCAGUUCUUGCUUCAUCUACACUGAUUUCUAUUGCAACAGUAGAUAGAUUGGGUCGAAGGCCCUUGCUUAUAAGUGGAGGAAUCCAAAUGGUUACAUGCCAGGUCAUAGUAGCCAUAAUCUUGGGGGUGAAGUUCGGAAACAAUCAAGAACUGUCAAAAGGUUUCUCAAUACUGGUGGUGUUCUUCUUUUGCCUCUUUGUCCUAGCUUUUGGAUGGUCAUGGGGUCCUCUUGGCUGGACAGUGCCAAGUGAGAUAUUCCCUCUAGAAAUUCGAUCAGCUGGACAAAGCAUCACAGUUGCUGUAAAUCUUCUAUUCACGUUCAUAAUAGCCCAGUCUUUCCUUUCCCUUCUUUGUGCACUCAAGUUUGGUAUCUUCCUCUUCUUUGCUGCCUGGAUUACCAUCAUGACCAUAUUUGUUUACAUCUUCCUACCCGAAACCAAAGGAGUUCCCAUUGAAGAGAUGAUAUUCCUGUGGAGAAAGCACUGGUUCUGGAAGAGGAUAGUGCCUGGAGAGGUGGAAGGUGUGGAAAUCAAUGAAUGAGAGGCAAAGCAAUUCAAGGGAGCAAGGUGAAAGUCUCCGAGUAAGCUUAUUAUCAUAUAGCAGAAAAGCAAGAAGGCAGUACCAUUAAUGAUUUCUGUAUACACAAACAAAUCACCAGCCAUAUUGAACAUGAUUUAUAAUGUGUAGUGGCUAUAUUAUGAGGAACCAUUUAUCAACA